AAGGUGACUAAGCUUAGAAAAACUGUCCGUCUUUUAUAUGUAUAUAACGCCCUGAAGUCAGUUGGUUUCUUCAUAUCUGGUGACUUGAAGCACGUUCCAAGAAAACAUUCCUUAGAAGUGCUGUGUGUAAAGAAGUACCAUCCAUUUCUUGACAGAUUCGGCCGGGGCCAGUGUCUGGUACGGUUUGCGAAGGGACCGUUGGUGACAUCGAUUUUGCAAAUGUACGAAGAAUUUUAAACUCCUUACAUCUAUGUCAUCUUUCCAUGCAAUCCACAGAAAUUCUGUCGUUUGACGGGCUCAACUUUGCUGUAGACAACAACUACUAGCAUUGCUGGACGCGAGGAAGACUGGUUCGUUUUCUUCUCUAUAUCUACUGUAUAGGAUCUACCAGUGCACAAUAUCCUGACGUCGAUUAUCAUUGAACUGAAAACUUGCGCACAGCGUGAAUUAACCGACGGAAUAUUCGGCAUAAUUAGACACCACCUUGGCAUUCGAGUCACGUACACCCUCUCAACCGUACUAUACCUUCGUUAUUUCACACAGUUAUAGCCAGAAAAGGCUGAUUUCGUAUGAUUGUAGGGGUUUUCUGAGAGAAGGUGGUAGCAUGGAUGUACAAGACCCGUUCGGAUGUAGGCUACAACUGUUCGCCAGCGACGCGGGGAAAGCGUUGUGGUACCGCCGGGCGCUGAGGCCGCUCCUCGCCUGGAUGGACCCUGCCUUUCAGCUCGUCUGCAUUUCACAACACAGGCCUGACUGGCCCAGUUUAGAGAAGACAGACGGGAACACACAAGCCAUUUCCGUGGUUCUCCUACUCCGUGAGGACUCCGGCGGCGACCUCUCGGCCACGUCAGCCCGGGAAUGCCUGCACAGGCCGCCGUGGAGGUUUCACCACCGCCUCGAGCUGGUCCGGACAACCAACGCGUCCUGCAUCGCCAAACAGGAGUUCUUCGACCUGGGGUCGAGACUCCCGCUGUGGUGCGUCGAACCCCUCCAUUGUGGGAACGAGAUCUUCCGUUUCAACUUGGUGGUCCGGAAUUUUUCCGCCAUGGUGGAUUUCUACACCAGAUUGACCCAGAAAAAAGCGGUUUGUUCCAGACCUGGCUUCUGUUUGUUCACGCUGUAUACCCAGCCCGGGCUUGAUAUACAGCUGGCACUGAAGCAUUCAGAAUACUUGACUCCGUAUCCAACAUCAAAGGCCAUGCUCAAGUUUGCGACUGAGAGCGUAGCCAAAAUGGCGGACCUGAAACCGUACAAAAUAGGGGAUACCUUCUUGGUCAAGGACCCGGAUGGAAAUCCUGUUUUGUUAGACAUCAAAGAACAGAACGAAAUGAAGCAAAAACUGAAAACAGAGGGGACAGCAGACUGGUACGAAAUCGGGAGGAAAGAGGGAGAGAAAGAAGAACUAACGGACGACGCAGCUUCCUUGCUUGAUGACUUGCAAAGUGAGAUCAGUGUGUCAGAGAGUCUGGACAGCGGGGCGUACUGUGCCUCAUGGGAAGGCAGCGACUCGUCCACAUCCGGGUAUUUCGAACUGUCGGAGCUCUCGAGUCUGUCAUUGGACGAUAUUGACGAGGACUCUGUGUUCGGAGACUGCUGCCGUCCGGAGUCUGACGUCAGAGAUGACGUCAGAGAUGACGAGUCCGUCGCGUCAGCAUUCUUUUAAAUCCCUGUCGUACAUACUCGAAUCUGGCAUCCCAAACACUAACCGAACGUUCGCCAACCAUGGUUCAUGGCUGGUGUUCAGCCAGGUUGGCUACUGUUCGGCUGAAAAUUAUGUCCGACUACAAAUAAGAGACCAAUCUGAGUGUCCAAGAAAUUUCUGUCGUAGACAUGUUGUGCGAUUUGUGUGAAAUGGUUUUCAGUACUGUACGAGUACUACGUCCACUUUAAUAUGUUACAAAUGCACAGGUUAAUGCUUAUGUAGAUGUAAUAGUUAUUAACUGUUACGAACAGAAUCUACGAAAGUCGUGAUUGUAAUUUUUUGUUGAUAUCUGAAACAUUUGUGACAUCUUUGCGAAAUAUAAGUUGAUAACACGUGCCUGUUU